AUGGCUCCAGAAGCGGCGCGAGAGCGCGAAAUGCACAGGUACUAUCAGCCGUGGCUCGAGACCUUCCUGUCCACCGACUUCGAACCUGCCUCGGACUUCCCUCCUUCCAAUGAUCAGGCCCAACCGCAUCGACCACGUUCCUCCAGAGACAAGGCGCUGACAGCCUUUGCGCAACUGGGCUGUCUCCGCCUCAACGCCAAAAGAUGUAUAGUCACUUUGCUAGGAACUACCAGGCAAUAUAUCAUAGCCGAGGCUACGAAAUCUUUGUCCCUCUUGAGCGACGCUCACCACGACGAUGGAGAUGAACUGUGGUUCGGAAAUUCUUUCAUUGAGCGAGAGGGUGGCAUCUCGGCUGAUGCCAUGUAUCCUGAUGAAUAUACCGCCUCUGAUCCUGAUGGCUCUUCCUUCACCACGCCUGCGCUGGUCGUCAGCGACAUCUCGACCCAUGAGAAAUAUAAAACUCGAGGCUACGCUGGUCGGGGCGUUUCCUUUUAUUGUGGCGUACCAAUCACCACCCAAAUGGGCCAUGUCAUCGGGGUUUACAAUGUUACCGACGACAAACCACGUCAGAGUCUCUCGGCAACUGAACUUCAUUUCCUGCUCGACAUGUCCGUUAUCGUCAUCCAACAUCUGGAAGGUGUGCGAAACGAUCGUGCUAGAAUGAGGGGAGAGCGCCUCAUUUACGGCAUCGGGACAUUCAUAGAGGGUGAUAAGGCUGAAGCGGCCCCUGGAGACGGGUCCAAAUCACAGGGUGAUAAGUCGAAUGACUCCAAAACGAGCCAGAAUGGUGCCUCUGAGAGCACCAAGACAGCAGAAUUCAGGGGCUUAGUGAUUGGCGACGCAAAUGCACCUGUUGAAGAUUCGAACCGCAAGGGGGCCCGAGACCGUGCCAAUGGCAGAAAGAAAGCAACGUCUUCAGGGAUCACUCAGGAAAGCAUCCUCAACUACGUGUCUAGCCACACACAGGCGCCACCCCCGGCCAAAACGCCCAAGGACAAGAUAUUACAGGAGUCUCGGCAGGUUUUUGAUCGUGCCGCUGCCGUUCUCCAAUACUGCCUCCGCGCCACCGGGGUUGCGUUCCUCAAUGCGAGCUCCGCCAACCUGAGUUCAGGCUCGAGCAUGAAAACUUCUGGGGCUGCUGUAUCCGAAUUCCAUCAUGCUAAAUCUAAAGGAAGAGGUCACUCGGACCACCAGAACGGAAUGCAGGGAUCAGAUUUGCAGGACGGUGGAGCGAGGGACGAUUCUACGGCCUCCAGCGACGACGCUGCGAGCACACGAAGCAACAGCGACUCAUCCGCCUCCCAGGGCAAGCGACAGGUAUGUGAGAUUCUGGGUAUUCGGACAGUCGAUGCCCAUCAAUCCAUCAGCCUCGCCGAUCCGACUAUGCGCCGUCUGGUCCGACGUCAUCCAAAAGGAAAAUGCUUUUCAUUCGACCAGUUUGGAAGACCGGCCUCCAGUGACGACAGCUCUGAGUCUGCAUCUGCGGCGGAAAUUUCCCAAGGGGAUGGUGAUCAACCAGCGAAAGUAGGACACCAUGUCCCCACAACCAACUCUCUGCUGAAAGCACUCCCCGGCGCAAGGAAGAUUGUCUUUCUGCCGUUGUGGGAUUUUGCGAAAGAGCGCUGGCACUCUGGACUGGUUGUUUGGUCAAAUGAUGCAGGCAGUCUGACUAACGUUGAGGACGAUAUGGUUUACCUCAAGGCUUUCAGUAACGCUGUUGUGAACGAGCUUAAUCGUAUCGAUUUGGCACUGUCCGAUACCGCCAAGUCAACAUUCCUUGCCAAUAUUUCUCACGAGCUUCGCUCGCCUCUUCAUGGUAUUCUGGGAAGUAUUGAAUUUCUCCACGAUACCGCCAUGGAUGACUUUCAGUCGUCUAUGGUCAUAAGCGUUGAGACAUGUGGAAAGACGUUGCUUGACACGGUCAACCAUGUGCUUGAUUACGCCAAAAUACAUAGUCUGUCCAAAUCCCAUCGCCAGGAUCCAGCUUCUGCACAGGACCGUACGCAACGGAACAAGUCUGAAACCAACCUUACGGAGGAUUUUGACAUGGCGGUUGUGGUGGAGGAAGCGGUUGAAGCUGUGUACGCCGGGCAAGUCUUCCGGACCGCUAAUGCAGACGCAUUGGAAGGUAAAUCGCCAGUUCAGACCGCUGCCAGUCGAGCCAUGCAACAAAGGCUAGAUCGAAAGGCCAAUAUCAGCAAAGGGUCGGCCAAAGCAUCAAGUGCUGUUCGCCUUACCCUAAACAUUGACGACCAUACCAACUGGUGGGUCAGAUCUCAACCUGGUGCCGUCAGGCGGAUUGUCAUGAACAUUCUUGGGAAUGCAUUGAAAUAUACCACCAAAGGGAGUAUCAAUGUUGCCCUCGAGGUUGACCGCUCCCGAAAUAAGAGUAGCUCAAACCUACACAUGCUGCUGAAAAUCGCCGACACCGGCCGCGGCAUGUCGGAUGAUUUCAUGAAGAACCACGCAUUCACUGCAUUCUCUCAAGAGGACACGUUGGCAACAGGCACCGGGCUUGGGCUCAGCAUUGUCCGACAGAUUGUCGACUCUCUCAGAGGGAAGAUCGACCUGUCCAGCGAGAAAGAUGUGGGCACCGAAGUUAGAAUCUGGCUCAGGCUUCCAAGAAGUGAAAAAGAUGUGAGUUCGUUCCCUGAAGCACACGUCAUUACAGACAUGCGCCAGCGCAUUUCAGGACGGGAGAUGUGCAUGCUCUUGCCCUAUGACGAGAAGAACAACGAAACAGAUGUCCGUUAUCUGGUCCCAAUGCCAACAAUAGAAAGCUCAAUGCGAAAUUUGGUGUCUCAGUGGUUUCGGAUGAAGAUCACCACGACAAAGACCAUGGAUGGCAUCUCACCGGACUUCUUCAUCUAUCCUGAGCCUCCGCCUAUUGACUAUCUAAUGGACUACCACGGCAAGCCAGAAACGGAGAAGGAGGUUCCCGUCAUCAUAUUGUGCACGAAUGCAUUUGAAGCUGCAUCCCUGAGGUCCAAUGGUAUACACUAUCUCACCGACAUUGGUAGAGUCAUUGAGGUGAUUGCGCAACCUUGUGGGCCGCAGAAGCUGGCCAAAGUACUUAACCGGUGUAUGCAACGGUUGGAGCUUCUGCAAAAGGACCAUACCAAAAAGCCUUCGAAGACGGCUGCGUUGUCGUUCUUCCGAGGCAGGCACUCAGAUAAGGAGAGCAUCCGAGCGACAGAAAACACACCUGGCAAGGGUGAAGAACCCGUCCAGGACGGUGGCCUUGGCUCCAUGCCUGACGGUGACAAUGCAGCCAAGCCCGAAUCGCAUGAGACUUCGCGCGAGCCUCCCAAUGAGACCCAAUCACGACCUCAAAAACCGUCAUUAACAAAGAUGGGCACCUCGGACGGUGCCGUCACAUUGACCGAGUCAGACGGCACAAAAAGCGCUGCUUUACCUCGAGAACCUGACACAAAUAACCCGCGAGUCCUGGUGGUCGACGACAAUCACAUUAACCUGCACCUCCUCGUUACCUUCGUUCGCAAAGCUGGCCACCCGUUUGAAUCGGCCACCGAUGGCUUGAAGGCUCUAGAAGCAUACAAGAAGAGCGUCCGCGAAGAUGGUGGUCGAAACGCCUUUAAACAUAUUUUCAUGGACAUCUCGAUGCCUGUGAUGAAUGGGAUAGCAUCCGCCAAAGAGAUUCGACAAUUCGAGAAAGACAACAAGGUUGAUCCACCGGCCAAGAUAAUUGCUCUGACGGGUAUGGGUAGUGACGUUGCCCAUAAUGAGGCGAUCAACGCCGGGUUCGAUCAGUUCUUGAGUAAGCCGAUUGUAAGUCUGCCUUGA